CAAAUUAAAGAAUGUUUUGCAGGUUGCGUUGGUGGACUCCUGAGCAUUUUUUGCAGUGAUGUAAAAUUAAAUUUACGAAUUCCUAAAACUAUUUUAAAUGUUAAAAUAUCUGACGUACUUUGCAAAUAUGAAAAUAGUAUAAAUGAUGAUAUGCUUAGUACUCAGAUCAAAAUUCAUAAUUUAUAUGCUGGAGAGAAGAAAAACUUACCAUUCAAGAAUCAAGAUAACUUUGAAGAAGAAAAUAAUACAAAUUUAGACGAACUUAUUAUAAUUGAAGCUGAUGUUGAUUAUUUUAAUAUUCGCAAAGGAAUUCGAAUAAGUCGUCUUGAAUCACCAGCAACAUUAAAAGUAGUUUAUACUUCAUCCCAAAUUAAUUCAUCAGACAAUCUCGCCAACCCACAGGUAAUUCAACAUAUUUAUCGACACCUUACUACGAGAGUUAUCUCUAAAGCAAUUAAUUUUGCUGAAAAAAGUGAUUAUUAUAGUGCUCAAAUGAUAGCAAAACAACUUUAUAAUUCACAAACUUAUAAUAAUGGUGGAAAUGCUGAUGCGUUGUCUGUUUGUAUG